AUGACUGCACAGGAUCUUGUUCACUGUGCAUCGCAUGCAAGAAUGAAACUUGCUAAACAGAUUGGCCAUGGCAUGUCUGUAAAGUACUUAACUGGUUCGAAACAGCUGGUAACUCUCCUAAAUAGAAUGGGCUACAGUUCAUCCUAUGAUGAGAUAGAGCAAGUGGAGACCUGCUUGGCAAGUGAAAGCUUCGCGAAAGCAGAUGUUAGUGCUGUCAUAAUCCCAACUAACAUUAAUCCUUGUGCAUUCAUACAGAUGGCAGCUGAUAACGAGGACAUUAAUGAGGAAACAAUUAACAGCAAAAACAUGACUCGUGCAACAACCUUUGCGGUAUACCCACGCAAGCAGUAUGGCCCAAUGCCGGAAUGUUUAGUGCACAGUGAUUACUCUAAAAAGAAAAGAUCACUGGAUUCCACCCGACAUUUAGUUGUUCUAGAGGAUGCUAACAUGGGGGAAGACGUCCUGGUCUACCUGAAGUUAUCAGCUCCUGGUUCACUUGUGACUGCCAGUUCCUCUCCACCUGCAUGGAUGACCUCUAUUGGAUGCUACUAUGUCUUUCAGAUCCUUUCAUGGCUUGCAACCAGGUACAGUACCCAUAAGAGCAGAAAAUAUCACGAUGGAGUGGAUUCCACGCCAUUACACACCCUAGGAUCCCAGUAG